GCGCCACCAGUGCCGGAUCGCCAGCGGACGUGUGUAUGUGCGCGCUCGCUCGCCCGCUUGCCGCCGCCGACGACGACGACGACGCCGCCCGAGACGCGAACACCUUUGCCGAGUCGCGACACUAUAAUAUAUAAUAUUGGUUAUACGCGUGCGACCACCAACCACCUGCCCGUUUCAUAUAAUAUAACAUAUUAUUAUUGUAUACGUUAUAAACCAUUAUAUAAUUACACACAGACACACACAUACACACACAAGCACGUAUAUCUGUCGCAACACAUGCAUACACGUGUAUUGAAUUAAAAUAUUUUUUAACAGUAGCUGCGGUACACAUAAUAAUAUUAUAUAGACCGUACAGUAUUGUCGUUAAAUUUCAGUCGGUUUUUUUUUUUAUUAUUUUUUUUUUUUGUGCGUUUUGAUAAAAAAAUAAUAAUUGUAAAAUUUUAAUUGUUCUCGUCCCAGUUGAACACCACGGCGUUAUACGUCAUUUAUGUGCCGUAGAUCACCGUCAAACGUAAUGUUCCACGCGUGAAAAACAAAACAGACAAAGAUUAUAGCCGUCGCGUGUGUCACACAAUAAAAUAUUGUGUUAUUUUAUAUUGAACGCGUGCGUCAUCGGCACUACAAUAAUAUUAUUAUCGCCGUGUGACGGUGCAGUAAUUACCGCUGCACAAUCGUUAUGUAAUGGUUUGGGGGGGACGACGACGACGAUCGCAACUCACACUAACCGCCGACGCUGGUGAAUCAAAAAAGUUAAUUAAACUUUUGGACUCUCGACGGCGACGUCGACGGCGGCGACGAAGACAAUGCGGGUCUCCUCUUGAACGGUGACACGCCGCUGUUGAACGAGUGUAUCUGCUGCAUCCAAGCGGUGGACAUCGGUGCGUGGUCGCUGGAUACGUGGUUCAAAACUCCCCGGCGGAGGGACACGCGUUUCCGAAAAAUAUAAACAAUAUUAUAUUACGAACCAACAACGCCCCACCGAAAUCGAUUUUACUGUCAAUGCAAACCAUUGUACAAAUAUAAAUACACCUCUCUUGUUGCACAACAUCGAUUUUCGUCAUGCAUAAUAGUGGUGAAGAACGCAAAACACAUGCCAAACUUCUGCACCCCGUAUUGUGUGUCGGUACUCUUUUUGUUUUCGCCCUAUCGGCAAAAGCCUGACGUUCGUACGGUACGACUACGUGUGUUUUUUACGUUUUCGCCGCUUAAACGAUAGCAUCAGAGCCUCUCGUCCGGUACUCAAUACGUUUCGCUGUACCGUCGACAGUCGAUGAAAUCCGAUGCCAAAACGAUGAUACUUCGAGUCGAAGCAUUAAAGAUAAUUAUCAAAAUAUUUACGGUGUUGGCUAACCAACAAGCAGAAUACUAUUCACGACUGACCGAUAUUAUGCACCGGCUUUAGCUACAUCACCAACAUGGAACCGGAACAAAAUCGGAACGGUGGUGGCAGACCAACCACUACCGCCACCGCCAUCACCACCGCCACUGCCACCGCCACCGCCACCGCCAGUACUACAACCACAAACGCAACCACUACCGUCUAUGGCGACCAACAGGCUGUAGAGGCUGCGCUAAAUGAGUUCAUCGAUAAAAUGACACCCCGCGUUAACGUGUUGGAGAAUGAAGUGAUGUACGCAUGGCGAGCUUUAGACUUAUUGUCAGACGAGUACGUAAAAAUGUGGGAGCGUAUCGAAAAACUCGAAACCAUUAUUCAGAAUCAACAGUCUGUCAUCGGGCAAAUGGUUGAGAUAUGUGCAGAGCCGAUUACAUCUCCGUCUACAUACAUGGGACCACCGGAAGUCGGUGACCGUCCCGCGCUAAGUAUGAUAUGGGAGGAAUCGGAAGGCAGCAGUAGUAAUGGUACUAAAAAGCCGUUGGAACAGAGGAACGUGGAUUAUAGAGCGUAUGAAGACCGGCUAUUAAAUGAAGACCAGGAAAAAAUGGAUUCCGUCGAGUCUGCCAAAGAGAUUUUCGAAAAUAUAGAGCAAAUGGAGAGAAACAUGCGACAGCUGUACGCCGAAGCGCAACUGGAUAGUUGGAACGACGAGACAGAAAGAGCGGCAGCUGCUAUAGAUUUUUAUCCAAUUAACAAGCCACUCACGUCAUCGGUUGGAAACUUACAAAAUCGUAUGUAUCCUUACAUGUCUCCGUCCAUUCGAUCGCUUCCCACUAUCCCAAAAUGCGAAGAACCCGGGUACAGGUCUCCGACGUUAUUUAUGGAUACAACGUCACAAUCAACUUACAUGGACGACUCGUAUCAGCCACAAUCGCCACCCGGUAGUCCACCACCUCCAGCACCCGAGGAUCCCGUAUUUCCCAGAUCAGUGUCAUCCGCACUGUCACUGAGCCUGCGUCAAUUUCACAAUUCCACCAAAGAACUUGAUUCGCUUCAUCAGUUUCACAAUUCCACCAAGGACCUGGACACCAUGCACCAAUUUCAUAAUUCCUCCAAAGACUUAGACACGUUACACCAACACCGAACUGGUGCCAUAGUCACGGCCAAUAAAUCCGAUUCCGGUCUGUCAUCGAUGAGUGGCGGGUUGUUGUCCAGUUAUGAAAAAUCUCCAUGUUCACCAGGAAAGCGAGUGUUUGAUCAAUCAUAUCAGAUCUCGGUGGCUGGUCCAUCCGGAUUAACGGUAGUAACGUGCGUAACCACUGCAUUUGACACCGAUUAUCCGUACUAUGAUCGGUCGACAGGAGUGUAUUCAACGGCAGGUCAAGGGUAUAAAUACCAGACUACUAACGCACAACAGUCAUCAAUAUCUAACGUACCGGACCUGUUGGACGUAAUGUCGUACAAAGAAUACAAAAAACCUACGGAUAGACCAUAUUCUGGUAUGACAGAUGCGUUAACCUAUUAUCCAAGUACCAUGAACGAUACGUAUUAUGGUAGAGAAAACGACAGGCCGGAUAAUAAUCCUAGGUAUAGAUAUGUGACGACGCCUAACUUUCAGAUCCGUUGUGAAGAUGACGGUUCAAGAAGGGAAGAAAAAACGAAAAAAUCUAAACGUAAUAUAAUCAAAUCAGCCAUGAACUCGGUCAGUAGUUCGGUGAGCAAUUGGUUUCCCGAUGUGCACUUGCCGCAACGGCAUCGAUCUCAUUCACUGCCGGGUGGCUUGGAAAGGGAACCCGAUGCGGUUUCCGUACACAGUGAGACAGCAACCACAUCAAAACCGCGUAGUUGGAACACACAAAGGCAUGGUAGUCGUAAGAAAAAAAAAUCAAUUGUGUCUACCAUGUCUGGGCUGUUACAUAAAACCGCUAAACCUGCCCCUUUUCAGAGCUCCUAUUCAAUAGCAGAUCCGGAAUUUGCGGAAAAUGAAUGGACUGAGUUAAAAGCUGGAGAUAGGCCAACGCCACCAGAACCACCACCACCCGUGCAACCACCAGAGUCAGCUAACAUUGCCAUAGAGCAGCAGGAGGAAGAGGCACAAGAACAGAUUAAUGAAAUUCAGUUACCAGCUGAAAUGUUCAAUGGCCCGACUAAAGAAUUUGCAGUAUCCAGAAAGUUGAGUAAAUAUAGAGAACACUGUAAGCUAUCGAAUGGAGUGCCAGAAGGGGAAUCUUCAGUAAUUCCAGUAGAAAAACGUAACAAAUCAUUAGAAGAACAGCCUGUUAAACCUCACGAAGAGUUUGUGCAGCCAACGAAUAAUCUAAGAAAUUUCAAAAUGUCAUCUAGACAAGCAAGUUUAGAGGUACCGUGGGCUGGAAAAGGAUCUGCGGACACUGAAGAUGAUAGUAGAAGUAACCAUUCGUGGAGAAGUACAUCUAGAAUUUCGUCAAGACGGCAAAGUACUGAAGAAAGCAUCGAUAGUGACGAUGAAUGGUAUUGUUAUGAACUAAAACAAUUAGAAGAACUAGAGAAAAAAACUCAUUUUGAACGGGUAUUUGGGCCACCUAUGUUACCACCACCCAGUGCUCGAAGUGAAUCAUCCAUACUUAUAUCUAAAGUAGAUUUUAAAGAAAAAAUGUCUAAAGCCAUUGAAGACAUAAGAAGACAAUCAGUAGACGAAUCGUUCAACGAGGAUGCUUUCGAACAAGAGCAAUCCUUGGAUACUGUCAUUGAAGAGGAAUUAAUACAAGACGACGGACCUAUAAGGUUCAAGUUAAUGAAAGUACCGGAUACUCCGGGUGGCAUUAGAAGGGAUCUUCCAGGUCAAGACCUAGACCUGGAACCGGAACAGGAACCGGAACAGGAAACGGAAACGGCCGACGAACAAAUGGUCGUUGAAGAGGAUGAAAGUCCCGGUACACCGUCAUUGCCCAGGUUUAAAUUUGAUAAAAACGAUUUAGUGGAUAAAGAAGAGAGUGGCAGUAAAUGGAAAAUCGUGAAAGCUCUCAAAGAAAAAAAACCCGACGAGAUAAACCAGGAUAUUGGACCUCCACCUACUCCGAUUAUCGAGAAUGGAAGAGGGAGCGGCGAAAACAUUAAUAGAGCGAAUGGACACCCUGGAGACAAUCCGUUUUAUAGCAACAUCGACAGCAUGCCGGAUAUUCGACCCAGGAGAAAAUCUAUCCCUCUUGUCUCGGAACUGGUUCUCAAGACAAUGGCCGCCACAAAAAGAAACGCAGGACUGGCGUCAGGAGUUCCACGUCCUACACUCAACGACGAAGAGCUGAAAAUGCACGUGUACAAAAAAGCUCUGCAAGCUCUAAUCUAUCCAAUAUCAUCGACCACGCCGCAUAAUUUCGUCUCGUGGACUGCAACUUCACCGACGUAUUGUUACGAAUGUGAAGGGCUGCUGUGGGGCAUCGCCCGGCAAGGGGUACGGUGCACCGAAUGCGGGGUCAAGUGCCACGAGAAGUGCAAAGAGCUCUUAAACGCCGACUGUUUGCAAAGAGCGGCCGAAAAAAGUUCCAAACACGGUGCCGAAGAUAAAGCGAUAUCAAUUAUACAGGCGAUGAAGGACAGGAUGUUGCAACGUGAACGAGAUCAUCCAGAGAUUUUCGAACUCAUCAGAACCAUGUUUUCUGUGGAACCUGAUAUGCAUAUCGAUUCCUUGGAGCAAGCGGAAGCUAUCGUUCUUGAAGGCACUUCUAAAUGGUCGUGCAAAAUCGAAAUAACAGUAAAAUGUGCUCAAGGGCUCAUCGCAAAAGACAAAAGUGGUACAUCAGAUCCAUACGUAACUGUUCAAGUGGGUAAAGUUAAAAAAAGAACGCGAACUAUGCCUCAAGAGCUCAAUCCUGUUUGGAAUGAAAAAUUUUAUUUCGAGUGCCACAAUUCUUCGGAUCGAAUUAAAGUCAGGGUAUGGGACGAGGAUAAUGACCUGAAAUCGAGACUCAGGCAAAAAUUAACCAGAGAAUCGGACGAUUUUUUAGGACAAACUAUUAUCGAGGUUCGGACGUUGUCGGGCGAAAUGGACGUUUGGUACAAUCUCGAAAAAAGGACUGAUAAAUCGGCGGUAUCCGGUGCUAUUCGAUUACAUAUCAAUGUAGAAAUCAAAGGAGAGGAAAAAGUCGCUCCUUACCAUAUCCAAUACACGUGUCUCCACGAAAACCUGUUUCACUCGCUGUGCGAAAACAACGCUGGAAUAGUUCACCUACCUCAAGCUAAGGGAGAAGACGGGUGGAAGUUGUACUUUGAAUCUCCCGCGCAAGAUAUUGUCGACGAGUUCGCCAUGAGAUACGGCAUCGAGUCCAUUUACCAAGCAAUGACACACUUCCAUUGUCUCUCGACAAAAUAUUUAUGCCCUGGCGUCCCAGCGGUAAUGAGUACUUUGUUAGCGAAUAUCAAUGCCUACUAUGCACACACAACAUCCAGCUCCGCCGUUAGCGCGAGCGACCGUUUUGCAGCAUCGAAUUUCGGAAAAGAAAAAUUCGUGAAGCUGCUCGAUCAACUACAUAAUUCGCUCAGAAUAGAUUUAUCAAUGUAUAGAAAUAACUUUCCGGCAUCCAGUCAAGAAAAAUUAAUGGAUCUUAAAUCGACUGUCGAUUUGUUGACCAGUAUCACAUUUUUCAGAAUGAAGGUACAAGAACUUUCAAGUCCACCCAGAGCUAGUACCGUUGUCAAGGACUGCGUCAAAGCAUGUCUAAGAUCGACUUAUCAAUUUUUGUUUGCUAAUUGUUAUGAUUUAUACGGCAGAGAAUAUCAGACUGAUCCAAAUGAAAAGAGAGAUGAAGACACGGGUCCAAAGUUAGAUGAUUUAGGAUUUUGGGAUAAGCUUGUGGCACUCGUUGCUUCUGUAAUCGAAGAAGAUAGAAAUAGUUAUGCACCCGUUUUGAGUCAAUUCCCCGCAGAACUCAAUAUAGGACAGUUGUCCGCAGCAACAAUGUGGAGCUUCUUCGCUGUAGACAUGAAGUAUGCUCUAGAAGAACAUGAAACACACAGACUUUGUAAAACUUCAGCAUACAUGAACCUACAUUUCAAAGUAAAAUGGUUGUUUACUAAUUAUGUAAAAGAUGCACCGCCAUACAAAGACGCAAUUCCCGAGUACCCAUCUUGGUUUGAACCGUUUGUAAUGCAAUGGCUAAAUGAAAACGACGACGUGUCGUUGGAAUAUUUGCAUGGAGCUUUCAACAGGGACAAAAAAGAUGGGUUUCAAAGAAGUUCGGAGCAUGCGUUAUUUUCCAACUCAGUGGUGGACGUAUUCACUCAGCUUACACAAUGUUUUGGGGUCAUAUCGAAAUUGGAAUGUCCUGACCCCGAGAUAUCCAAUCGAUACAUGAAAAGACUUGCUAAGACAAUUGUCAAAGUGUUAUUGGCAUACGUAGACAUAGUUCAAAAAGAAUUUGACGCUAAAGAGCUGGAUGAAAGAACUGCUUGUAUAUUAAUGAAUAACAUCCAACAACUAAGAGUACAACUAACAAAAAUGUUCGAAUCAAUGGGUGGCAAACAACUGGAAGAAGAUGCUACAGAUAUUCUAAACGACUUACAAACGCAAUUAUUAAAAGCAUUGGAUGAACUAUCUGGGAAAUUCGGAAAAAGUUUGGAACCCCAAAUAAAGAAAAGCGUCAAAGAACUUGGUGAGUUAUUGCAAAGUAUCAAAGGAGGUAGCCAAAAUCCACAACAAGUGUCUAUGAUGGAAGUAGAUGAAAUAUUAAGGCCAUUGAUGGAUCUAAUGGAUGGCUCAUUAUCAUUAUUUGCUCAAACUUGCGAGAAACCCGUACUAAAACGAAUUCUUCGUGAACUGUGGAAACUUGUAAUAAGAAUAUUGGAAAGAUCAGUAGUCUUACCACCGAUGAUGGAUAAAAGUAUGAUAUUGAAAAACCUUAGUGAAAACGCUAGAUCACUAGCAGCUAAUGCUAGAAUCGAAGACAUGUCCAGAUUAAUUAGAAACCACAUGGCAGGAAAGCAAGACGUUAAAAAUGCUCUAACUGGAGUGAUGGAUAUGGAAAAGAACUUGAAUACUAAGCAGUGCAGGGUCUUAGAAUCUGCACUGAAAACAAUUAAGACUUAUUUCCACGCCGGUGGAAAUGGACUAAAAAAGAAGUAUUUAGAUAAAAGCUCAGAUCUUUUAUCUUUGUGCUACGCUUUGUCACUUUACACAAGAUCCACAGACGAACUCAUCAAGACGUUUGUGUUAUCACAAUUACAUCAAGUUCCACAAAAAAAUGACCCAUUACCCAGACAACCGUCACUGAUGAGUGGUACCGAGGUAAAAGAUGAAAUGGACGAAAUGGAUUAUGAUGAAGAUGACGAAACCGAAGAGGAAGAAGCAUUAGAUGAAGCAGAAGAAGAUGUAAAAUCAAUGGGAAGUCGAAUGGAAAAACUAUUUGAAAUUUCAAGAAGACCAUUACAAGAAAAUUACGUAUAUGAAGAACCUUAUGGAGAAAUUUCCAUUAACGUUUACAUUGAAACACAUCCAACAAAUAACGAAUUUAAGCUCACUGUAACAGUGGUCGCUGCCAACACACUGGUAUGGCCGACGACUGGUAUGUUUCGCCCGUUUGUCGAGGUGAACCUCAUUGGACCGAGACUAGCGGACAAGAAGAGAAAACAGUCGACGAAGAGCAAGUCGGGCAGUUGGAGCCCUAGAUACAACGAAGCGUUCGUUUUUUCGAUUAGCGCCAUCGAAGACUUGGAAUGUUACGAAUUACAUUUUUGCGUGAAAGACUACUGUUUCGCUCGAGAAGAUCGGCUCGUCGGCGUGGCGGUUUUGCAGAUGCGACACGUUCCCAUAAUGGUCCGUACGGGCGAGUGGUUAGGCCUCGGCAGGCGGAUACAGAUGAACGAGACUGGGUGGACGAUUUUGCGAAUACUUUCACAGAGGUACAACGACGACGUAGCUAAGGAAUUCGUGAAGCUCAAGUCGGAGACCAGGCAGGAAGACCAGUCAUCCGUGCAGGGGUCAUAAACGCAGACCGACGUGGAUAUUCAUCGCCAAUAGUCUUCCAAUGAAAAUUAAAAAAUUAAGACUAGUUAAGAUAAUAUAGAUUAACUUCGAUAUUAUGUUAUUGUACAAAAAAAAAAAAUGAAAAUCGAUCAAGUAAGAGUUGUGAAAAUAGUAAUAACUUAACGAGGGCAGACACAAUGGAAGUUCUUGUCGCAAUUAUUAUUGUACCAUAUAGUCGGAAAAGUGAUAGUUUCAAAGCGAAAUAUUAACGUUGGUCUUUUUCGUAUUCAUUUUUCAUGUAAAAAAAAUAAUAUAUUAACGUUCAUAGCAAUAAAUUCCGAAAGAAAAAACCACAUUAAAAAUUGACCAACAUUUUGAGUUUUAAACAAAUCAACGGGACCAUUCUCAAAUUAAAAAUUAAUUAUUCAAUUUAAUACGCUGCAGUGUCGGUCGUAAUGAUUGUAAAACUUUCUGUGUGGUAGAUACCCGGAGUACCGGGGCGUUUGGAUGGAAUAGGGUGAACACCACUAAUUUUAAGGUGGCUUUGAAUAUUUUAAUAUUUAAACAUUUGUUGUUCUAAAUCCACAGUACAAUAUUUAGGUAAAUUAAAAUUAUUCUACUGUCUAAAGGGGGACACGAUAAUAAUAAUAAUAAUAUAUUAUACAUGUGCGCCAUCCCGCAAUACCGAAAUCUACCUACCUAUACUAUAUUAAAUGCGCUCUGUUGUUUUUAACAAACCAAUAUUUUUGUACAAUAUACCACCAGCGGUAAUGUAUUGUUAAUAAUAUAAUAUCCGUUACCUAUAAUUCCUAGCACUAUAAUAGGACGCAACUACAAUAUUCUGUAUAUUAAUACGAUACCCCCUAUACAGGGUGUAACAGAAAGAUCUGACAAAAAAAAAAAUUAUGCUACUUAAACGUAAAAUUGUUAAUAUUAUGUGAUUAGUAAAUAAUUUAAAAAAUAUACUCAUUUCAGCAAAUUCCCAAAAAUAAUAUUUUUAAAAAAGUUAUUACGUUUCAAAAUAAUGUAAUCAAAAAAUUAUAUAUUAAAAAAAAAACUUUAAAAUUUUGAAUAGUAGCAAAAGUUAUGACGUUUGUCAGAUCACGAUGGGACACCCUGUAUAUAUUAUUAUAUUAUUGUAUCGAGAUGGGACGUUAUUUUUUGUCCGGAAGUUCCGACAAACGUAUUGUUGUUGCUGUUAUUGUUGUUUUUGUUGUUGUUGUUGUUGUAGUUGUUGUUGUUUCGAACGGGGGCCUCAACUCCGGGACCUUUGACCAACGACGGGUUAAGCCAAAUCGUGUGAUCAAUAUAUAUCCGUAUUCCGUACAACCGAUUUCCAUCCGGUCGGCAUUAUCGUUUUUAUCUAUUUAUAUCGUUAUAUUACUCUGCAGGUGAUCAUAAUAUUAUGUCUAUAAUUCUAAAAUAACACUCUGACUCAAGUAUAUAUUAUGUAAUAAUGUACAUUUCCUUGGACUCGACGACUUGAUAAUACGAAAUAUCUGUCAUUUUAUUGUGAAACAUUAAAGCUAUAUACAUGUUUAAACAUCCAUCGUUAUACCUCUAUAUAUAUAUACCUACCUAUAAUACCUUUAUUAAAAAAUAUGCUUUAAACUAUUGCAACUAUCUAAUAGUAUUAAACUACCAUACACGUGUUAUAUAUAUUAUAUUAUACAAUAAUAAUAUAAUAUAUUGACUAAUAACGUCUUCCAUUACAUCAUGUAUUGUAUCAUCUUCUAGUACGCAUCCAUUUUGUGAUUUCCUGUAGAGAGAUUCAUUUUAUCGUCCUUGUUUUCAUUCCAUUCGCAAGUUAUUUUCUCGUAAUAUUUUACAUACUUACUUAGUGUCGUUAAGUAAUUUUCAUUAUAAUCGUUUAAUAUACUAUUCGUUCUUGAUUGAUUUUCUAGGCUAUUGAGCGUUUUACAGAUAUAACAUUUUAAAACUUCCUGACGAACUUGGCGUAAACUAUAAUAAUAAUCAUGUGUCGGAGGAAAAUAAUAAUAAUAAUAAUAAUAAUAAUAAUAAUAAUAAUAAUAGUAAUAAUAAUAAUAGGCCUCAUUCUUAUACCUACUCUUAUUCCAAAUUUGCAUUAUUUACUUGGUAAUAUUCAACAUUUUUGGGAAACACCUAUUUUUUUAUUCAAUAGGUUAUAAUUUAUAUUAUAUCCGUCCUAAUACCCAAUUAUAUUAUUGGUCAAAAGGGUUUCACAUGUAAUAUUGUUUUCACAGCAAUAAUUAAUUCGUAUUCGUAUUGUAAAAAAAUAUAUUUAACCCAACGUUGAAUAUUAUUAUUUACAAAAUAAAAUGUGAUAAAACAUCGAUAUAUUCAAAUUAUUUUUUAUCAAUUGUAUUGUAAAUUAAUGUUAAAAACCAAUAUUUAUUAAUAUUAUAACAAUAUGUGUAUAUUAUGAAUUAACUAUUUAAGCUAGCAAAACCAUUGUAAACUACAUAAUGUGCAGGUGGCCUAAGUUGAAAACUUUAUACGAGAUUUUGUUUCAAAAGUUACCUUCCAAACUCUUAUCCAAAACACUCGUUAUGUUUAUUAUGUUAAUUUCCCAAACCCAACCAACCGUACCAUACAUAUCGAUCGAUCGUUUCUUAUUUUAUGUUGCUAUAAAUAAUUAUUAUUGUAUUAGUAUUGUGCUAAUGAUAUUAAUCUAUUAAUUUAUUGCUAUAAUCAUGUUUGUAAGUUCAAGUAUAGGGGCCUUUAUUUUUUAUAUAAUAUAUAACUUAGACGUUGAAUAUUUUAGUCGAAUCUGUUAAACUUCGGUUUUAGAUUGUUAUAACAAACAUUUACUAUAUAUCGUCAUUAUGAUUAACCAGGGUAAACGUAUUAAGCAAUGUGUUGUUUUUGUAUUAAUAUUUUAUUGUAAUUAUGCACUUAUAAUAAUUUUUUAACAUUUUUUUUUUAUAUAUAAUAUAUAUACCAAAUUCGGUUUCUAUACAAACAUUUAUAAAAAAAAAAAAAAGAUUGAAAUGAAAAAAAAACGCAAGACAAUAUGAUAAUUAUAUUGUUUGAACCGAAACUAUUUAUUGUGUUACUGCCCAUAACGUAAUUUUUCGGUGUAUUUUCAAACGGUGUCUAUGAAAAAUUAUUAACUUGUCUAUGCUCCUCUAUUAUCUUAGUCUUAUACUUGAUAUUAUUAUUUUUGAUUUCAUUCAAAACGAGUAAGUUAUUAAUAUUGUUAUAUUUGAUUUGUAAAGAUAAAUGAAAUCAACAAUAAUACCUAAUCAUCUAUAUAUUUAAGCUGAAUAAAGUGCGCUUUUUGUCUAUACUUCCUAAUUUAA